CGAUUGGUGCGCAUUAUUUUGCCAUCACGAGCAGCAACAGCAUGAAAGCGCCGAGCUCGUUGACGUUUGUGCAGGCUGCUGCUGUGUUUUCGCUCGGUGUGGCGACUGCUGCCGUGGGUCAGUACCUCUUGACACAACAACCGUCGAAACCACAACGUCAAGCCCAGGCGUUGCCAAUUGCAGCCCCCUCGUCGUCGCCAGUAGAGGUGGACGCGUUGUCGGCCGAGCAAUUCAGCCGCAUCUGUUCGUUCUUUGGCGAAGAAGGCUUUGACAAGAUCCAACAUGCGUUUGUGAUUGUGAUUGGGCUCGGCGGUGUAGGGUCGCACGCCGCGCACAUGCUGGCGCGGUCUGGCGUCCGGCACCUCCGCCUCAUUGACUUUGACAACGUCACGUUGUCGUCGUUGAACCGCCACGCCGUGGCCACCCGCGCCGACGUCGGUCUGUCCAAAGCGCAAGUUCUGAAGCAACACCUGCUGGAGAUCGUGCCCCAGGCCAACAUUGAGGCGCUGCCAGUCAUGUUUGAAGAAGCCGUAGCGGACCAACUCUUGGCUGGCAACCCAGCGUACAUUUUGGAUUGCAUUGACGACGUGACGACCAAGGUGGCCCUGCUGGCAGCUGCCAGCGCCAACGGGCUCAAGGUCAUCACGGCCACCAGUGCCGGGGGCAAGGCCGAUCCCACUCGCAUCCACAUUGGCUCGCUGCAGGACUCUGUGCGCGACAACCUGGCGACGAAAAUUCGCUACUUUUUGAAAAAGAAGAACGUGGAUGCGUCGACCAUCACGACUGUAUACUCGAGCGAGAAAAGUCGAUGCAAGCUGCUGCCGCUGGACGCCGACCAAGUCGACAACCCCAACCAGUUUGGCAAUGUCGAAAACUUUCGCAUUCGAGUGAUUCCCGUGCUCGGCACGAUGCCUGCAAUGUUUGGACAAUCCAUGGCGGCCUUUGUGUUGACGGAAAUCGCUGGCGCCCCGAUUACUCCUGAAAAUGUCGCCAAGCUUGGCCGUGACCAGCGCAACAAGUACUACCAACGGUUGCAACAGCGAGAAAAGGACGCUGGCUUCGAGUCCAAGAUUGCCGUGGACAAGGACGACAUGGAUUUCCUGUACCAAGAAGUAUGGAAAGCGCGCAGUUCCGUGAGCGGCAUCCGAUGCGGCGGCUUCGACCGCAUGUUCAUGUCCCGCUGGCGCUACGAGCUGCCGCUAAGUCCAGGCAACAUUGUCAUUUUGACAACCAAGGAACUGGCCAUAAUGGACGACAAGGGCAUCGAAGGGUUUGGCGCCGACGUGGUUGCUCGCAUCGACGCCCGAUUGCAGUCGUUUGGGAGCUGGGACGUCGACGCGUAGAUAGAUAUAGCGGGCUUUUUGAACUGCCAUACAAAACAACAUGGGAGAGGCCUAUCAUUCGCUUCAAGUAAACGGCCACUUGGAUUGGCUAACGAACGAAUGAAUUUCCCCUUUGUUAAAAUCUGUGUGGAUCGUAUAUUAUAAGCUAAAUUUGGUAUUUUCGG